UCGACUGAGACCCGCUAAGAUCCGCUAAGAGGUAAGCAGUUGCGACUACUAAGCUGAAAGACCUGAAAUUUGUUUUUUGUGGUCUUUGAAGGGACAAGAUGAACAUUUUACCUAAGAAAAGCUGGCAUGUCCGUAACAUCGAUAACAUUGAACGCGUGCGUCGUGAUGAAGAAAAGGCAAGAUUAGAAGAAGAAGAACGGAAAAGGAAGUGUGCUUUAGCCGAACAAGAGGCCAGAACAGCCCUUCUACGGGGACGCGCCAAUGGAGUAUCACAAGAUGAUGCUUUUGUUUUAGUGAAUGAAAAACCGCAACAUCUUAAUUUUUUUGCUGAGAUUGAAGAAGGACUCAGACAAGGAAGUAACAAAGAACAUGAAGCUGAAAAGAAAGCUGAGCUAGAGAAAAGAGAAAAAUCCAUUGGCUUGUUAACGUACCUAGGACAGAGUCAAAGAGAUUCAGAUGGUAGCCAACUGUGGUAUGUUAAAUCACACCAGGAAAGAUUGAAUUUGAAUAAAGCAUGUGAAAGCUCUGUAGAAAGUAAGAAAAAGAAGUUGCUAGAUCCUCUCAGAGACCUGGAUAGAUACCUUGACAUAAAGAAAUUGCAUAGAAAAGACAAGGACAGAAAACACCAACAAAAGGACAGGAAACAUAAGGAUAAACAGACAAAUUCUAAGCAAAAACGGAUGAAAAGUUUGGAAGAGAUGAGGAAAGAAAGAUUACGGCGUGAGCAAGAGGAACAUGAACGAGAAAGGAAGCUUUUGGCAUCAGCCAAAGGAGAGAGUAGUAAAUCUGUUGCUGGAGAAAAAUUAGUACAUGAGUACACAGCUUAUAGGUAUAAUUCUCAAUAUCAUCCUGACUUGGCCAGAAAACCCAGAAGUCAUCAUGGUUAUGACCCAUCUUAAAAUGAAUCGCCAGGUUUAACAGUAAGCUGGACCGAACCAAGGGUUACUGGAGUCAACAAGGGCAGUGAUUUUGUUUCCCAAAGAGAGAAGAUUAACAAGAGGGAGAUGGCAAUUGAAAGGCAGUGCUCUGGCCAAGAAUGCCAUCUGUGACAACAAAUUUGACUUAAGAUGGCCAACUGUGACAACUGAGCUUGCAGAUGAGGAUCAAUUGUUAUAACUUAACUUGAAAGGACGAACUGGUGUUAGAGAGUCAGUAGAGGAUUGUUGACUAUCAUAAACAAAUUGAUUGUUGUGCAGGCACAAUGGUACAAGGAAUGUCAUAAAAGGACUUAAAUUGACCUAAAAUGAGUUAAAAUGACGUGAGUGAUGUCUUGAAUGACCUAAAAUGAGUUAAAAUGACGUGAGUGAUGUCUUGAAUGACCUAAAAUGAGAAUAAAGGUAAAGAAAGACCAGCACAGAAUCUCCAUGUGGCUUUUGUGGUUGACUGUGUGGUAUUAUCACCUUCAAAAUAAUUGUAUUUUUGCUCUCACAAGCAUGUCAUAGGAGAUUUUCCCUUUCUUUUUGUAAGAGAUGAUUGGAAGAUUUAUUAAACUGUUUUCAGCAAGGGCUCAUUUUCUAUAUGAGUGGAUUGGGAGUUAGUGAAAGGCAUUUCUUAGUUAAGCCAUCAUUCUGUUUGCCCUCAUGUAUUUGGUCAAUAAUCUCGUUAGCCCUUUCCUACAUGAAUUUUACCAUUGAUGCUUAAUUUAGAGGUCUGCAUUAAACUUUGUCAAGUGG